AUGGCAGAUAUGCAUACAAAUAAGGUACACAAAAGAACUACCAACAUUGUAAAUAGCCGGAUGGAAGAGAAACAUGAAGACAACGAUACUAUCCUUAAGACACAACAUCGAACAAAUCAUCAAAGAACAUGGAUGGGAUGGUUUACCCAGUCAGCACGGACGAUAAGUACUGUCCUUAUUUUGAUUAUUCUAGUGAGUCGAGUGCAUACAUCACAGGGAACAAUGAAGGCAGCAGCAAGUACAACAACUCCCCGAUAUAGUCAACUCCUAUCGACAAAUGGAAAAUUUACCGAAAUGUCCGGUGACAGUGAUGACGAUAUGUUUCGUCCAUUUGUACCCAAAGAUCCAGAGGUUAUAUCACGUAGUGUUUUUACACCUUCUGGGCAGUUUCGUGUAUUCGAACCGAUAGAAAGUGAUUUACGUGCUGCCGUGGCAAUGCAACAUACCUCCCACCACGAUCGAAUGGCAAGUGCUCCAAAAGUGCUACUGCCUCAGGCCACACCAAAUGCAAAAAUGACUAAUGGAAAUAAACGUGUCGAACAUUCAAGAAUUGAAACCACAAUGGUACCCACCGUCAAUGGUACACAAAAAGCUGUUCGUGAUGUCCGUAAACAAAAUAUCGACAACAAAAUAAAUGCCAUCGAACAAAAUAAUGACUUGACGUCCGAUCUAAAGAGUUUGGAAGAUUUAUUAGUUGAAUAUGUCCAGAAUUUCUUUGAAAAGGGUGAAUACCAGCCAGUGCCCGGAUUGGUUGUUGAAUUGCAAAAGAAUCACACGGACACUACUACGGAAAAUUCACUCAAAGAAAAGACACGAAAUGUUCGACAAACUGACAAACCCAUUGGUGCUAAAGUUAGCUUGGAUAUACCAAGAACAUUGGCCACUGGACGUUUACUUUUCCUAACAGGUCUAAAGAAAGUCCUAUGGCCUGUAUUCAUGGGUCUACAAGUUCUAAAAUCCCUGCUGAUUGCAAUGUUUAUCCCGGCACUUAUUGGCUCCUUUACAAAACUUCUGGGCAAGGGUAUUAGUUCAGGUUCAGCACCUUUGUUCAUAAGACCCAUGGAUCCGCCACAGGAAUUGGAUUUCCGUGAUAAUUUUGGUGAUGGUGACAAGUUCCUUGCGGCCGAUGAUGUAUUAAAUGAUCCCUUCCAACCAACUGAUAAUACUCUGAAAGAUCAUAAACCCUAUGCCUACAAUCAACCGGAAGCUUCCCAAUACAGCAAUCAAUAUGCCUACAACAGUGUCGAUUCUUCGCCACAACUGGGACCGUUGAGUUUUACGCGCCUGGGCAUGAACGAAAGACAGCAUCAGUUAAUGCAAAACUCCUAUAUGGGAGCACUGCAGACAAUAACAUCGGCAUCAUUUAAAAAUUCCAAUUCAAUAUCUGGUGGUUCCUCGGCUCUGUCAGCACCGAUGGCCAAAAAACCAGCAGCUCCGGCAAAUAUGAAUACAUUCCAACAAUUCCAAAAAGUCCCUGCCUCAUCAUUGCUUCUCUCCAACUAUGAUCCAUUCUAUAGCCCAUUGUUAUCGAGAUUGGAUUCGGUAUUUGCUCAGUUGAAAUUGAAUUCCGAUAAUGAAGAAUGCCGGGAGAAGGCGAUUUGUUUGAUGUAUGCAAAUCCCGCAAAGUAUGCACCGUAUAGUAAUCUGGUGUCGGCACAAUUAAGUCGUGAAUUAAACGAAUUGCGUAAACCAACCUCUGACAAUCCCGACAUUUUACGUUUCUUCAAGUAUAUGCGUGCCGCUAAAGACGGCCAGGAUGGCGUUGAUUGUGAUCAGGCAUUCGAAAAAUGUACAGAAUUUAAAGACUUCGAAAAUCCAGCAAUGGUUUCCACAUAUCAUGACAUUAAUAAAUUAGUACAGGCAAGAAAAAUGACGUAA